AAUAAUAGACAUAAUAAUUUAAAUUCUGUCAAGAUUCUCUCACUCGAUCAUAUUACCCAGAAACCUCUGAAAACAUUCACGUAGAAUCCAGAAUUAAAAACACUACAUGGGGUCCUCUCUUCAUUAUACUUUACCCACUUUACCUCUCUUCCAAUUCCAUCUUUUCUCUCCUAUUUUCUCAUUCCAAUCUCCCCCUCCUUUCCAUUCAAACCCAAUACCAUAAAUAUAAAACUCUACAUACUCUGUUCUUAUAGUUUUGAGUUCGCAUACAUUGAUACCUAUCAAGAUAUUGACUCCUUCGUCGUCCACAAUAAAUCUUCCUAAUUUCUUUCCUUUUAUAAUUAAGCUAAGGCGAGCUUCAGUUUUGAAAGAGGAUUGUCUUAAUUUUGUUGCCCAGCAAUCAAGAAAUGACACUGCACACCAGAAAAUUACUCCCAUUACUAGAAAACCAUGAUCCAACGUUGUUUACAUCACCAUCACAACAUUCUCCGACUCUUUCGCCGUUAAAAGCUCAGGAGAAAGAAAAUCCGACUAAUUACUACAACAACGUUAAGUUGAACCCUCCGUUUGAUUCGGCAAUGGCGCUCACCGUUUUAGUGCUUUUGACGGCUCUGUUUUUUAUGGGAUUCUUUUCUAUUUACAUUCGCCGCUUCGCCGACGAGCCAUCUUUUGACACCGCUCGUCGCCGACGAAACUCGUCCGGUACUAAUACUGCAGCGACGUCGUAUUUAUCCAGGACGAGGGAUACGACGAAAGGGGUGGAUCCGGCGGUGGUGGAGUCAUUGCCGGUGUAUGCAUACUUCCCUGGGGCUGAGGAAGCGAAGCAGCGGAUGAUUGAUGAGGUUGAGUGUGCCAUUUGUUUGAGUGAGUUCGAGGAGAAGGAAUGGAUAAAGGAGAUUCCGUAUUGUGGUCACGUGUUCCAUGUUGAGUGUAUUGACACGUGGCUUUCGAAUCACAUGACGUGUCCGCUUUGUCGGACGGCGAAACUAUUGACUGAAGAGGAGGUGGCGGCAGAGAAGGAAAAGGCGGUGGCGGUGGCGGUGGAGGGAGAAGAGAGGGGAUUGGAUGCGGGUGAGGUGGAGCAGGGAGAUGUAGAUAGUAGUGGUGGCUGAGAAGUGAGGUUGGAGGUGGAUGGUGGUGACACGUGGAAUGAAGAGGUGAGGGUGGUGGGUCCUACAAGUGAGGGUAGAGUGAGAUUGCAUCGAUCAUUGAGUUUUUGAUAACGGAGUAUCAACAACAGUUUAUUUCUGUUUUAAUGGGUGGCAAUGGCAUCAUGUAAAUCAGUGAAUUGAGAAUCAUACAAAAUGAAUGACUUGAGCUUUUAUUAAAGCAAUUUUUAUUUUUCAAAUGCA